AUGACUUUAACUGCCUGUUCUUCCGAACGGAACGUCUUUUUUAAUUUUCGUUCAAUAGACAUGGUAGUUCCGGGAAACCUCAACCUAGACUGUGAUGAUGACACAUGGGCACAAUACGUCGUCGCUGCUCUCACAGAGGGAAUCUUUUUGGAGAGCUGUGAUGGAUCUAGGCAAGAGGAUAUUCUAACGGUGAAGAAACGGGUAAAGCUCACUGACCCCACUCGCGUGAGUACAUGGAAUAAGGAACCUGGAACGUCUAAAGUGGAGCAUACACCAUCGGUCAAACCGAAGACGUCCACAUCUACGAAGGGAACGGCCGUCGUCUCUCCUUCUGGUCCUUUUGUUCCUGUAGUCGAUGGCGCCACUGUCUGCGUUGGGGUGCUUUGCAUUGCUGUCGCUGUCAUUGAUUUUGGGGAGGCGAUGGGUGUUCAUGAUAAGGAGGUCAUUGAAAGGGAGGAGGUGCUUACUUCCCAACUCACCGAUGUUUGUACCGAUAUUACUUCACAGCUCUUGACUGUCUUGAAUGAUGUAACAGACCGUAUCAUGGCGAUUCCUACAGCCACUCCUGCGAAUAUGGGCCAACCUUUUGUUACUAUCGUUUCUCCACCUUUCUCCAUUCCCACACCUUCGUCUGGUCCAGUUGUGCAGCAGGCGAUCACCGCUUCUCUAUCAGGUCCAGCUGUGCUGCAGCCUGCGAUUAUUGCUCCUUUACCAGUCCCGGCCGUGUUGACGUCGGUUAUCGUUGUUCCUCCAGCUAUUACAGGUGUAUACUCUUCACAGCCAGUAGCAUCUGUGCCUCAAGAAGUGGGCUCGUCUUAG